AUGGCAAAACGCGUUCAUGGCCGUGAGCUACGAGCGGCGGCAGAUGGAACAAACUUUCCUACCCCUCUUGAUACCGCCCUCUCAGGGCCCUCAUUGGAGGGUAUGCCAUGUGGACCGGGUGGCGCCAAGGGGUGCGGCCGCAAGAUCAUGAUUCUCACCGUCUCGGUAGUCAUAUCGGACAGAAACACCCCCGACGGCAGCAAAUCUGCCCAGGCUAGGCAAUGUUCUCAGCAGCCUAGCCUGGCUGAGGGAUCUCAACAGACAAGGAUCCCGUUCAUCAUCGCCCCAGAAGCACCCUCGACAGCUGGGCAGAUCAUUCGGAAUCCUUCAUAG